CCUGUUUUUGGCCUGUCUCCCGACCCGUAGCCGCGCCCUGUUACGACAGCGUGGAUGAGUCGCCUAUAAAAUCCCGUCUCUAAGCGUCUCGCCGCCACAAUCGCUUCCUGUUUUCGGCGCAGCUGUUGGUGGUGAGACUGCAGUGGCCGCGAAGAUGGCGUCUACCAGCCGUACGGAUGCUCUUCCAAGAGUCACAUGUCCAAACCAUCCAGAUGCAAUUUUAGUGGAGGACUACAGAGCUGGUGAUAUGAUCUGUCCUGAGUGUGGGCUGGUUGUAGGUGACCGGGUUAUUGAUGUGGGAUCUGAAUGGAGAACUUUCAGCAAUGACAAAGCAACAAAAGAUCCAUCUCGGGUUGGAGAUGCUCAGAAUCCUCUUCUGAGUAAUGGAGAUUUGUCUACUAUGAUUGGCAAGGGUACAGGAGCUGCAAGUUUCGAUGAGUUUGGCAAUUCUAAGUAUCAAAAUCGAAGAACAAUGAGUAGUUCUGACCGAGCAAUGAUGAAUGCCUUCAAGGAAAUAACUACCAUGGCAGACAGAAUCAACCUCCCUCGAAAUAUAGUUGAUCGAACGAAUAAUUUAUUCAAGCAAGUGUAUGAACAGAAGAGUCUGAAGGGAAGAGCUAAUGAUGCCAUAGCUUCCGCUUGUCUUUAUAUUGCCUGUCGACAAGAAGGGGUUCCUAGGACAUUUAAAGAAAUAUGUGCUGUAUCUCGAAUUUCUAAGAAAGAAAUUGGCCGAUGUUUUAAACUUAUACUGAAAGCUUUAGAAACCAGUGUGGACUUGAUUACCACUGGGGACUUCAUGUCCAGAUUCUGCUCCAACCUCUGUCUCCCAAAGCAAGUGCAGAUGGCAGCGACGCACAUAGCCCGCAAGGCUGUGGAGCUGGACUUGGUUCCUGGGAGAAGCCCGAUUUCCGUGGCGGCGGCAGCUAUUUACAUGGCCUCGCAGGCAUCAGCUGAGAAGAGGACCCAGAAAGAAAUUGGAGAUAUUGCUGGCGUUGCUGAUGUUACAAUCAGACAGUCCUACAGACUUAUAUAUCCUCGUGCCCCAGAUCUCUUCCCGUCAGACUUCAAAUUUGACACUCCGGUGGAUAAACUGCCGCAGCUCUAAGCUCAGGCAUCAGGUGCAAACUCUUAUAUACUCAGAACUUUGUCUACUGUACAUAGCCUGCCCACAGUGCUGGCUCGGGCCUUCUCGAGGAGCGCAGACAUGGUACGCGUGUAGGCCUAAACGUUACUGCUUGGCAUUCUGUAUGUAUAUACUAGUGAAACAUAUUUAAUGAUUUAAAUUUCUUACUGAACUUGCUUUCUUUUGUAGCAAUCUAGGAAACUGUAUUUUGGAAAGUAUUUGAAAUUAUGUAAAAUUCUUGAAUAAAACAUUUUCAAAACUUAAUUUUUUGUUACAAUUACAUAUAUAUGUAAUUUAUAAUGUAUAAUUUUAAAUAAUGUAUAUCAUUGCAGCUAAUGUUGCAGAUAGAAGUCCUUGUUUUCCAUUUUCUUUUACAUAUAUAGAGGUUUUAAAAUGUUAAUAAAGUUGUGCAAAUAGCAAA